AUAUUUGAGUUCGGCCAUGUGUUAUGUGGCCUCUCAUUUCUCUCUAUUUGGACCUUGCUCCUGAAGUGGAAUGGCGGCUCCUCGAAUCUCUUGGGACGUUUACGUUCCGGAUUUGCUACAAAAUGGUACUCGGCUAACGAGAUGGGACGAGGUAACUCCUUGCAGCACAUGUAGAACUUAUAUUUUCACCACGGAAAAGUCAAGAAAUUAGAUAACUUUGUGGUGAACCACAUGUACUGACUUACUUUGUUCCUUACGAGAUUUGUUGAGCGUUUGCUUAGCAUCAGAUGGUUAUUUCCCUCAAUUAUUUUGUAGGAGUCCAAUUUAAGUCAAGGGCUGUCUUUCUGUGUCGACAAAUAUGGUUUCUUUCUGGCCUGGAAGGAAGAGGAUAAGGUAUAUCUUAUUGAUUUUACUGACUUAACUUGUCGGUUACGAAAGAUUCCUAGAACCCGGUUAAGUUCUUGCACUUGUUCGGUUUCAACAUUGCUCUCAGACGCAGUGUUUUCCUUUCGUCAAUGAAAUUUUUAAAAUUCUUUUAAAUAUAAUCUGGUUAACGUUUUGUUUCGUCUCCGCUGGUAUUAGGAAGAGGGAAUCGUUCUGGAUUUAUGUCACGUCAGUGAAGUAAGGCCUGGUGGUGUUCCAAAGGUUGGUACAAUAUAGCAGAAAGUCAAUGCUCAAGAGGCAAUAGAUUAUCUUAUCACUCAGAAAAUUAAAACAGGCUGCUUCUUAGUAACCAGUGGACUAUUUUCAUAAGAGUAAAUAUUAUUUUGAAAAUAUUCUUCGGAAAAAUAAAAUAAGAGAUAAAAUUCGACUUUUGUGCAUUUAUUCGAUGGACAUUUUCCCAAUCUGUUGCGACUGUGUUCCGUGGCAUUUAUUUAUCUUACUUGUAAAUUCAGGUUUGUUUGUAUCAUUUGGAAAUUAGCUGCAGUUUGUGGUUGAUGCUCUUUUUAAUAUCAAACUGACAAGUAAACGUUCUAAGAAUAUUUAACCUGUCCAGAAUAAGGGUUCUCUCAUCGAGAUUGAUCAUCAAGCAUAAUGUCGUAGCUAAGAAACAGUUCGAAACUUCUCAGAUGAACCAUUUUGUUCACGUAUCUAUUUAUUCCGUUCACAGAUUUUUACGUGCUGUAUACAAGAGAAGUCCUCAUAUUAUUUUGAGUUGUAUAUAGUGGGGAUAUUGUCUUUUUCAGUAGUUUUUCCUUUUUGGUAUCAAAGGAAUUCAAUAGUUGAAGUGCAGAGCUUGUGACACCUUUGUUUACAUUUCGACAUUCGGAAGCCCUAGAAUAUAAUAACCUGUCUUCGUAUGGUAUGUACUGGCUGUUUUCUACGUUUUAGUCUGUGUACUUUUUGCAAACACAGCCGGGAAAAUGGUGCCUUUUUAUUUAUAAAACAUCUCUUAUGCGUGAGCAACGCAAGAUUUGAUUGUUUCGUCGCGUGCGAUAUUGUAAUUUCAUCUACAUUCAGAAACGUAAAUAUAAACCAACGUUCUAAACGUUGAUGCAGGUUGAUAGUUUUUAGACACGAUCAUGAAGUAAGGAUCGAUCACCCAGGUCGCUAGUUCAUUUAUUUAUUUCAAGCACAAAUAAAUAAUUAGAUUGUGUAAUUCUGAAAACGUGGUGAAACCUUCCAAAAUUAUUCGAAGAUUUCUUGAAACAACCAUCUGUUCUUCGGUAUAAAAAAUACAAUUACAUUUGCGUCUGGUCGCAACAUUGACAUUAAAAUAUCAAGGUUUCAAAACCUUGCCGUGGAUAGGUGUCAUUCCAUGUGUGAUUUCUUGUCAGAAUUAAAUAAUUUUGGCUAAGUUAUUUUCCGAGGGCUUUAAAGUACGAAGAAAGUAAAUUUUAAUGUGGGCUCAGGUGUUGGAUGUGUCAAGUGAACAAAAUCUUGCAUUUAUGUUUAUGCGUGAAUGAAAGCGUCAUUCACAGAUUCUCUACGGGUAAUUGAUUUUCAAAGAGUUCUUUUUGUUAAGAAAUCAAUCACAGCUUUCUACAGUUUAAUUUUUAAAGGACACUAUCAUAGGUUUCUCGUUUGUAAUCAGUCAUGGUGGAUGUAAUCUCACGUUGACAUAGGGAAAUAUGAUGAGAAAAUUGCAAAUAUUCGUGACACCUGACAGCCAUCUUGGAAUGAUGUUAUUGACAUUUCUGUCUGCCGAUUUAAAAUUUAGGAAGAGUUACAUCAUAGUAAGAGUUUAUUGUAAUUAUGUUGUUGUGCUGACUGGAGAUCAGAUUUUCUGUUGUUUGAAACAUUAUUUUUCUGCUUGGCUUUUUGGAUGAGUUUUGCUUGUUGCUGAAUUAGUUCAAACCCGUCUUUGUGCAAGGGAUUUAAAAACAAGAUAAAAUUAUAAUUUUCCAAGGAUAAAGGAAAGCAGCCUCUAUUUGUCAUGUUUACAAAGGCAAAAUGGACAUGUCAAUUUUCUAACUUGCGAUUAUGAUAAAUAUUUAACAUUUUGCUGCAGUGACUUAAGUACCAAGUAAUGUAUAAAUCUGUAGAAUUUAUUCCUUCAAGAGAUACAAAAAAUAUUGUUAAAUAUUAAUGACAAUAUUUUGCUAAAAUUAUAAGUGGCCUGAUGGUCAGUUGCUUGCUAAAGAAUUUAACAAGAAAAAUUAAAGGUGACAUUAUUUGAUGUCUUGAUGCAUCUGUUGUAGUUAAGUUUUUUAUCUCAUGCAGUUAAUUUUUAUUUUUCCAUUGUGUUUGGGUAUGGUAAUGUAUGCUAACGAAUUUCAAACAAAGGAAAAACAAAAAUUAAAUGAUAUAAAAUAUUAACUGCGACGUAUCGAACAUAGUUUUUUCAUUGAUAAUGAUAUUGGAUACAUCCAAAUGUUGAAUACCGGUAAUAUUAUGUUAAUUUUCUCUAAUUAAAGAAGCAACGUGAAAAAACGAAACAGAGGAAAAUGUUGUUUCUAUUAAGUAAAAAUAAAAGUGUAACAAGUUUACUUUUCAGUAUCAUCUAAAAGCUCCAAGUAACAAUAAUUGUUAUGCAAAAUUAUACAAAGUCAUUUUACUUGUUUCAAGUGUCUUUAAUUAAAUUAGCAUGCUAACAAUGGCACUAUGAAAAACGCUUAAGCAUGGACAGUGUCAGUUUCCUUGUUCAGGGAUGGUUUAAACUUGCAAAUGAAAUAGUCAAAUGUGGUGUUGUAAAUAUAAAUGACUGCAUAAUUUGUUACUUAUGUUCUUGAGAGUGGCAUUACAGUGACGUCAAGCCACUGACUUCCUUACACUUAUUUCUUCUUGUUUUGUUUCAGUAAAUUGCUGCUGGUCAUCAGUUAUUGAUUUUUUUUUGUGUUUGUUUGGUGUUUCACAGGAUGUCAAGUUGCGAGAUUUCUUGCAGAGUGACGGGGAGGGUUCUCUUGAAGACAGGUCAUUCACACUGGUGUGUGGACAAAAUCUUGUGGAGGUUUCCUACAUGCAUUUUUGUGCAGAAUCUAGCAAAAUUGCUGAGGUAUGGUCUUUUCAGUCACAUUUUCUUCAAGAGUAAUUUACACUUGGUUAGUGUAACAAAAGUGGCAUUUACGGCCAAGGGUGGACAAAAUUUCAUUAGUAAGCUAUGGAAUAACAAUCUAACCUCUUUAGUACCUAAAGUGUGGCCAUUGGGGUACAGUGUAGGUGGGGAUUCCCUUGCACCUUUUACUAUAAUAGGAUGUUGCCCCUAGAACUACUGGGUAUCUAUGACUUAUAGCUUCACCAAACGUUAUCUCCUGCGUCCCAAGCCCCACUUAUAAAUUUGUUUUUUACAAAGCUGGUAAAGGCUUGAAUAUGUUGAAUAACAGGUAGUCCUUCCCCCAGAUAGUGAUCAGUGUCUUGUUUAAAUGAAGAUAUGAUCGCCACAGUGGUAGUUGCAAUUUUAGCAAUUGUAAAUUAACCCCACCACCCCCCCCCCCCCCAAAAAAAAAAAAAAAAAAAAAAAAAAUAAUUUGGGACUUCAACGGGAUUCAAACCCCUGGCCUUUGCAUUAGCGCUGCAGUGCUCUAUCAACUGAGUUAUGAAGACCCAUAAAUUGGGAGCAGGCAAAUUUGUUGAGUUUAUCUUAACCCAUAAAAGGAAUGAAACAUAGAAUGAAGAUCAUGUGAAUUGUGAAAAUACAAAUUUAAAUGAAACCCUCUUCAUUCUAGGUAUCAAAUUUCAUGUCAUGAUUUAAGUGCUUUGACAAAAGGGGUAAAAUUAAGAGUCCUAACUUUGUAUUUUACAUUAGUAGCUCAAAAUAGUCAUCAUCUGACUCUCAAACCUGAGGUAAAUGGUGCAGUUGUCUUAAUUUUCUUUAAUUUCAUAUUUACAGGAGUGGGUUAAAGGGCUUAUUCCGUUGCUACACAACCUCAAGCUUUACAAUGCCAGCAUCUUAACACAGUUAUUAAAACUGUAAGUAUUCAUGUCAAGCUGUUAAAACUGUAGAAACAGAUGCACUUACAAUAAUGUAUUGGUCAUGGUGUAAUAAACAUACUUGUAGAUUAAAUUAAUUUUGUCCUCUUUCAUUCACCUAUCUAACUCAAAUUAGCAAGUAUCUUACUGAAAUGACUCGUUCACAUUGGCCGAUGCAGGUCACACAAUAAUGUUGGGGUAUUUGUAACUUGAUUGUACUUUGUGCUUUGUUACCUAAGAACUAAAAUAUCAAUGUAAUUUAGCUACUCCUGAAACACUGGGUAAAAUUUAUAGGAAAAUGCAAUUCAAGCAAAGAAAAAGAUCUGCCAGCCUGUGAACUGCAGAUGUUUCUCCUUGCUCAUCGCCGCUAAGGGACGUUUUGCGAGGAGGAACGUCUGCGACUCAGCGACAGAAAUUCCAUACUGAUAAUGUAAAUCGAUGUUCACAGAAUAAAUCCGGUAGUCAUGGGGUUUCGAAUGUAAAUUGGUUCGAGUUUACGUUUCUCCUAGUCGAUUUUGGAAAAGUGUUGUGUUCAUCUGCGAAUGAUCUCCAGCAAAACUCAAAUGCUUCUUCUAGAGAAGACUAUAUUCCAAAAAUAUUGCCUUUUGUCUUUUGUCUGUCAUUCGUAAACAAUAGCUCAAACAAUGAAACUGCUCCGUCGACCAAUUAGCGCUUCUGUCCAGAUUCCGGACAGAUUUUGUUUGAUCAGUAUGGAAUUUCUGUCGCUGAGUCGCAGACGUUCGUCCUCGAGAAACGUCUCUCAGAGGCAAUUAGCGAGGAGAAACGUCUGCCGUUUGCAGGCUAAAGAUCUGUAUAUUUUAGCUACCAGCAAAACAGUGAGUAUUUAUUGCCUUUUUUCUUCAGCUAUGUUAAGCUUGGUCAUCUUGCUGGUCCUUCCAACAAGAUUUCAGUUAAAAGGUAAAGUGUUCUGCUUCCAUUCUAAAAACUUAAAACUCAUACCUUCCAUCAUCUUCAAUUACUCAUAUGAUUAAAUAAUAAUUAAAAGCAACUUGUUGUAAUAUCCCUUGUAGCAACUUUUCAAGUAGUUUCCUCUAUGUAGCACCGUUUAUAUACAUGUGGUUCUACCUACCUGCCUCGACUAGCUGUAUCAAUUUGUGGUUCGGUAAAUCUGUACUGUCAUAUAUUUAUUAACAGGGCUCAAAAUUGCGACUGAUAUGGUCGCCAAUGCGACUAACAUUUUCUCCUUGUCGAAUAAGAAUUCUGGUUUAGUCGCCACUUUGGCAACCAGAUGGCGACCAGAUUUCUCUGUGAUUUAGAUUUAAAUUAAAAGAGUAAAGUUAAAACAAACAUUUCAUCUUAUCUUGCUUUGCUUUCAUCAUAGAAAAUGUGCCAAGGUGCAUAAACAAAAGCCAGUUUACCUCCAAAUUUAUACCAACUUCUGUCCGCAAUAUUUCAAACAGUCAGAUCUGAUGGAUUGCGCCAUACUACAGGCUUCUGAUAGGUCACCGAAAAAAAGUCAAAUUUUGCUGGAUUUCAGAGAUCAAUUGGUGGAAAUUUUCAGUGCUAACUUUGCCAAAAAACAAUUGGUAAAAAACGGCCAAUUUUGUGGGAAUUUUCUGGGCAAAUAUUGGUAGAAUAUUGAUUGAUUUUACACUGAUUUGACGGGCAUGUUUAAUGUUUUCUAACAGAGAUAAUCAUUUGCUAUUUUAACAACAAAGCACUCGAGAAAUGAGCCAAUAGCAAAGAUUUUAACAUCAUGACAAGUGCCCAGUUUUUUGCAACAUAAUUUUACACCUGGUAGUUUUGGUACGUCGUUCGUUCUUGAUACUAUGAGCUAUGUCAUUUACAUAAUACAAACUGGUGACUAAAAAUUUGUAUCUGUCGACUAUAUUUCUCCGGUUGGUCGCCAAAAGGCAACUUGAGGAUUUUUUUAAUUUUGAGCCCUGAUUGACAUAAUGAAUAAAGUUGGUGUUUGUACAAAUUUAUUGUAACCUCUAUAUCCUGUUGUUAGUUCAUAGCUUGGGGUUUAGCAACACUGACCUUGCAUUUAUUUUAAUUGACAUUCUAUCCUCACUUCAAUUUACUCUAGUAUAUGUAAGUGUCUCAAUGUUGGAAAAUAUGAGCAGAGAGUCUUUGAGGGCCUAGAAGCCAUGAAACUUCCUUGUGGCAAGGUAUGUUGGUUUCAACAAGUAGAAAAAUUGAGUGAGGUUAUGUAGUGUAAAUAUGAACCUGGAGUGGGAUGUACAUAUGCAGAGGUUAGGUAGCCAUGGAAGAAUGAUGUGCACCAUUGAUGAAGUUACAUUUUAGUGGUUUUGAAGCUGCUAUAGAAACCCUUGACUUUCAAUUUUUGUAUAUUGUACAUAAUAUAUUGCAAAUUCUGUUUGCAGCUUGCUGUUUUCCUGUCCUAAAGGUUUGUUUUUACUAAAGAGUGCUAUAGCAUUGGAUCCUGCAGGCUUUAAAAUUAAUAUAAAAUGCAUUUUUUUCUCUUGUCUUCCAGAAUGAUGAAUUUGACUAUGCUUCAUUCUGCUUUGAGCAGUUUUACCAACUUUACUUGAGAGUUUGUGGAAGGCUAGAAAUGGAACAGCUUUGUAUUAAGUGGUGAGGUUUUGUUUUUAGCUCUUAUAAAGACCCCUUUUGCCUUGUAUCUUUGGCAUUAUUGAAACAAUCUAACUGCAAAUCAUUUUCGUGGGCAAGCAAUUUUGAACUAACAAGACAAUUUUCCUUCUGUCAAUCUUGGUAAUUGCCAGGAGAUACUAUGGGGAAUGAAAUUUUACCAAAGGAUUUAUGGAGUGAUGCCAUCCUCUAAACUUAUCUGGUGGUCAGUAGACCCAAAGUUAAAUAUUAUUUAAUGAUACAGCUUCUUCCUCUUUACAUUCUGAUUCACAAUAAAAUGGCAGUCUCUCAUGGUAACCAGGCCAAAUAGCCAGCCCAGUCUGAGCAUUCUAAUAUUGGGGGUUACCAGUAGUUGAAGAGAAUAUGAUACUCUAUAUUGCUGAACUGUGAAACAGCUCUUCACUUUGAAAAGCAUUCCUCACUAAGUUAAAACCCUGCCAGUGGUUUGUAUAUAUUUACUUUAUUUAGACCCUAUUCCAUCAUUGAAUUGAGUUAUAGUCUCCAUCCACAAAUAGCAGAAGCUACCUGAAGUUGAGGCAGUUUGAAUGUAAACAUGUGGUAGUAAGGGGCAAUGAGAAGCUAUGAGGUCACAACAAUGAACAACUACAGGGGCGGAUCCAGGGGGAGGGUGCAGGGGGUGCGCACCCCCCCUGAGAUGACCUGCAGCCGCUUUCUAAUUAACACUGUGCAGUCGCUUGACAGACAUACAAAAUCUGCUCUAUUGUUUGAUAUGUAUUCUCAGCAGUUCACAUUAUGUUAUUUCCUAGUCAAAAGCCCUUUUCUUCGUAUUCGCUUUUAAAAUUUUUUACGUCAUCGGUCAGUUAGUGGUGCACCCCCUCCUAAGAAAAAUCCGGGAUCCGCCCCUGAACUAGUAGGCAAAAGUUAUGCUGGACAUUUCCAUUAAAUAAUGAACUGUAUUGUUGAAGAGUGUUCCACCACUGGUGGGUAAAAGGAUAAAUAUAUUCAUUUCAUUUGACUAUCAAUCAUUUGUCUGUUUUUACACAGGGGAGGAGGAAAAGCACCUUACCUUAAUGUAUAUCAGUUGGUCAAGUUUCUAAACCAGGAGCAAAGAGAUCCACGUCUGAAUGAAAUACUUUACCCCUAUUACAACAAGGAAAAGGCACUAUCAUUGAUCCGAAAAUAUGAGAAAUCCAAGGACAAUCUUGCAAGAGGUACACAACUUAGUUAGUCUGUUUAGGCCCCAGGGGUGGCGGGGGGGGAAUGCGCCCAUACAAAAAUCAUGGGAGUGCUUUACAUACCUUUUAGGGGUAAAAAUUGUGGAAUUAUACAACUAAGGGUGUUUACAUGUACAAUGAUGGCUGUUAGAGCUGUAAUGGGAACGUUUUGGGUCUUUUAGGGUAUCAAGCCAAAAGUGAAUAGAACUGUUCAUUAUUCAUUUGAACUGAUUUUUGUUACCUUGUAGGAGUUAAAAUAAACUUGAGCGAUGCCCAUAGAACAAGAUUCUUUUACCUCUUGGGGGAGUUUUGAAAAUUUUCCGGCAAGCAACCCCAUUAUUGUUAUCGUGGAAAAUUAUGCCCCCUGGGCAAUGAGGACCUGCCUUAAGUUGCUACAGUUGAGAGGUAUCACGAAACUGGACUUGAAAAAAAAAAUUUCAAUCAAGCCCAGAAUAUGACUUACAAUAGCUCUGUAGUCAAAGUUGAUGAAAUCUCAACACAGAUUACACCUGAAUCUUCCUUUACACUCUUUGUGAGGUCAUGAACUUGAAAUGAUACAUGAGAUUCAAAAAUAUACUGCUACGUGCAGUGAAACCAGUCUUAAAUAAUGAUGUUGUUCAUUAUUUUUUUUAGGAUUUUACUUUUUGAUUUUGUAAUUUUUAGUUUAUUUAUUAGAAACCAGAUAGUUUUACUAUAUUAAUUUAUUAUUUUAUUAUUAUUUUAAUGUUGGUUUGAAUAUAUUCAAUAGAUAUUUGUUUUUAUUAUUAUUAUUAUGUUCAUUUCAUUAUUUUGACCAGACCAUAGAUUUAUGAAGACGUAACUGAUCUAUUUAAUAAUAUCUUUGAUUUGAUUUUUUUCAGAUCGAAUUACUGUAAAUGGACUGACAAGAUACCUGCUGAGUGACGAUAAUCUUCUUAUGAUGCCAGACAGAGUGGAAAUCUGUCAAGAUAUGACACAGCCACUGUCACACUACUUUAUUAACUCAUCACACAACACAUAUCUUGUGGGUGAGUCAUAAUACAAUAAAUCCUACAAUGUUCUUUAAAUAGCAGGCCAUUAUUUCGUCUCAAAAUAACCACCAAUGUGUAGUGUAGAAACACAAAAAUAAAAAUGAAUUUUCAUUUUCAUUUUUCCACUGCAGGACGUCAGUUUGGUGGAAAAUCAUCUGUGGAGAUGUAUAGGCAGUGCCUGCUGGCAGGCUGUCGGUAUGUUUGUAGAGGUUGAAGUAGGAACCCUUCAUCUGUAAUAAUAUUACCCAGGAAUCCCCAAGUUUUUUUGUGGCCUAGACUUUUUCACAAGUAAGAGGUUUUAAUCUUGAGCAGCACCCCACUGCUCUCUACUUGGUCCUCACUAAAAGUUAAUAACUAGCAUCCUUAAAUAAGCCCAAACAGUAAACAUGUCUUACUCGGGAGAACUUGACAGAAGAACUUUUAGCUUUGUAAGAUAUAACAAUUCACUCACUCUUUCUUUGAUAUUACAAGAUGCAUCGAACUGGACUGCUGGGAUGGGCCUGGUGAUGAACCAAUAAUAACCCACGGCAAAGCCAUGUGCACUAACAUUUGGUUCAAGGUGGGUAGUGAUAGCGGGGGGGUUGUUGUAAGCUGAGAAACUAUCUUGUCAUCAUCAAGAAUCAUUCUGACUGUUUGAUUUAAAAAAAAUAAUUUGAAGCAAGAUGUUGACAGUUUUUUUCUGUGUAAUUUAAAAUUUUAGGAUGUUAUUGAAGCUAUACGUGACUCAGCAUUUGUGACCUCAGAGUAUCCAGUAAUACUUUCUUUUGAAAAUCACUGCAGGUAUUUUAUUUAAUUAUGACAGAGAGUUUUGCAUACCGUAAAUGCAACCAUAUUCAGCUUAUUAUUUCACUUGUCUGCUUAUUAAUUUUAUAAAUGGAUGUAGCCUGAGAAGACAGACGACAUUUGGCGACGCUACCACUGGUUUCCCCGCCAAAUGACGUCUGAGAAACGAGCACAGAAAUUCCAUACUGAUGACGCAUCACUACCCAGAUCUGGGUAGUGCUUCUGAUUGGUUGAAUUAAAUUUCCAGUGCAGCACGACCAAUCAGAAGCACUACCCAGAUCUCAGUAGUGACCUGGCAUCAGUAUGGAAUUUCUGCACUUGUUUCUCACAUGUCAUUUGGCAGGGAAACCAGUGGUAGUGUCGCCAAAUGUUGGCUGUUUUCUUUGGCUAAAACGGAUGGUGCACCCCACGUUUCACCAUACUGUUAUGCACCUAACCUUCACCCUUUGUCAGUUAAAUUAGGGCUGUGUGAACUUGAGGUUGAGGUCUAUCUACAGAGCAUUUUAUAACAAAGAGGACUUAUCAGUGUUAACUUUAAGGAGUAAAGGGCGGAGGUGGGGGGGAUCUCUUGAGUUUUAAAAAAUUUUAUCAAGAGGAUUUUCUCGUAGAUAUAGGAAAUAUCAAAUGUCAAGUGAGGUUGUGGUGUGAAAUUCUAAAUGUAUUGAAGUGUUAUGUUGAAAAAAAGUGUCGCAAAGUGUAUUUUUCUGAUAAAGCUUUAAAUUUGUGACGAAAAACAAAAAAUUUGCUCAAAAUAAUGGAAAAUCUAAAAAUUAUUGUUUGCUAUGUUAAAUGACUCCACUGGCCCCCAGGAGCACAAUGUGCAUGUGUAUCCGUUAUAUUAUAGCAAAUAGUCUCACAGUUCUAACGAGCUUUUUAUUUCUGUUGUAUUGAUAACGAUUAUUGUGGUUGCCACAAUAAAAACAAAUUACAAGUUAGUAUGAAAUACAAAUGACAGCUAUGAAACAAUGAAAUAAUACAGGAAAGGAAACACGCUAAUUAAAGAUACAAACGUUGUGUGACUUGAACAAAGUUAGACAGAAAAAAGGUAGCAUAGCUGAUAACUGAACAAAAACUGAGAUGAUGCCUCUGUGAACUCUAAAGCGAAUCCUAAAUAAAGAAUGAAACUUACAAAAUGAUCUAGAAACAAAGAAAAUUAUGCAAGAAAUCUAACAAUAUAAAUUGCGAUAAUUGAAAAGAAUGUGAAAGGAGUGUGCUAAACUAUUUAAACAAAGAACUAGUGGGAUGAACAUAUUUGGUGAUGAAUGCGGCCAUAACACCAUAAUACCAACAACAUCUUGUAGACGACAUAACAGGCUUAUAUAUUUAAGACAAAUAUUGCAAUUGUUCGAAAAUGGCCGGAGGGUAUAACCUCCCCCGUUUGUACCACAGUGAGGGUAUGAGUUUGCAUAUACAUCCAAGGGUUAAUAGUUUUUGAUGGAGAUAAGUCUCAGUAAGGGGUCAUUUAGCAUUCCUUUCCCCUACUUUGUUUUGCUUGCAUGAGUUGUUGCGCUUAUUCACACCUAGACUUGCCACAACUUGACGCGGUCAUGCAAGCGUGGCUAGCUUAAGUAAAAAAAAGAAAAAGGAAAACAUGCUCUUCACCACCGGUUGAUGUUUUUUUCUCCUUAUUAUUAUUGCUUUUAACAGCAAGAACCAGCAGUACAGGAUGGCUUGCAUUUGCUCAGAUACCUUUGGAGACAUGCUUCUGAAACUGCCUUUAGAUAGUCAUCCUGUAAGUGUUUUUGGUCCUUUUGUUUUUUGGCAGUACAUGUCUUUGUUGACAAACAGAGGUCAUGUUAUUUGGUAAUUUUUUUGCUCCUGUCUCCCAAAGCUUGAAGAAGGUGUACCUCUACCUUCACCUAGCCAUUUGAAGAGAAAAAUUAUCAUAAAGAACAAGAAGCUAAAACCAGAACAGGAAUCUGAAGGUGAGUAUGGCACCCUAGUUAAAAUAAUAAAAGCAGAUGUAUAAAACCACACCCUUUUUGCACACUUUGAGCCUCAAUUUGUGACUUUCUGUAAUUUAAAAAAAUGUUUAUUGGCCAUGUAGGAGAGAUUUAGUUAAAUGUAGUAAAUUUUCUAGUCAUAAAUUAAAGCAGUUUGGUAUGGCAGCACUGAUUGAAUAACUUGUUUUAAUUAUUUACCUUAGACUUAUGGAGCGAUUUUGAACCCUCAGACAUAUCAGGUAUUUAUAAAUAUGAGCUUUUUUCUUUGUGUACAUUUUUGACAUUUUAAAAAUACUUUUCAUUGCAUGAAAUAAGCUGUCUACUUGACAUCCAACUGCAGCAGUAGUGAAUUUUUUGCUAUUACUGAACCUGUAGAUGAGCAACUCAAAUGCUUGAUAAAAUUUUAAAAGCGUUUGUGUAUAAUGAAGUAGUAAUAACACCAGUGACACCAGCGUCUAAAACGCUCCUUUUUACGUGCCAAACGGCAAAGUGUGGGCUGUAAAUGGAAUUUGCAGCUGGCAACAUGAUUUCAGGUUAAACAAUCUUUCCUUAGGAAAUAAAUUUGUGAGAUUUGGCCUUGUGUAUUGAUAAUAAUGAUAGGGUACUAAGCCCACAACUGUAAAAUGGUCCAUUGUGUUAAAUGAUAUUUAGAAAUUCUUUGCACAGUGAAUCUUUACAUAAGUUAUUCACUUACCUGUGUAUUGUAUGGUAGGAUUUCGUACUGGAAGCAUUAAGGAGACAGCAAUUAUUGAUGAUGAAAUUGAAGAGGAAGAAGAAGUGCUUGAAAGUGACAUUGAUGAUUCUCGUGAUCGAUCCACAAGCUGUGAGGAAUUUAACAGGCUCAUGGAAUAUAGUGAUAAAAUGUGCAACGAUCUUUUAUGUGAAUCAACAACUACUGCAAUUGAAGAAUUACCAUCUGAUGAGGACAAGGCAGUCACUCUUGAUGACAUAGCUCAGUACAGCUCUUUUUCUGCAUAUUCAAGUUUGCUUCUAUCUAAAGUGUUUAAUGAUGUAGGCUUAAAUGGGUUUAAGGACCCAGAGAAUGCUUUUGUUAUGUCCCAAAACAGUAGAAACUUUUUUGAAAUGCAAGGUAUUGAGAAUCUUAAUGACAAGUCAAGUUCAGAUUCUUGUUCAACAGGAUCAUUGAGAACUAGUGAAGACAUAAGUGGAAAUCGUAUUUCUGGACUUUCUUUUGGUUCAACUCUCAGUGCUGUUUCUGACAGUUCGAAUGACAGUGAUCUUUCAGUAACCCCUACCGUAACUGUGACAAAAAGUGGAGAAUCUCACUACGAGUUUCCCCCAGGUAAAGACGAAAAUAGCAACCCAGAUGCAAGUGUUGUUAUAAAGCCUAACAGACAUAAUGGUGGCCUUGAGUCCAUCCAGGAAGUAUCUGAUGCAACUGAAAAUAGUGAUUCAAGAUAUGCAGAUGAUUCUGAUGAUAGUUCACUGAAAUUUGAAAAGAGGUCCAAGUUUUAUGUUGUCCCAGAACAAGAAGACAUUGAUUCAAAUAAUGGUAAAAUUACAUCAUCUGCUGUUGAAUAUAAUGGAAAAGUAGACAAUAAAAUGACACAUACUUCUGUUCAUGGAACCUUUUCAAGUUCAUCUACUAGAAGCAGCAAUGACUUUUCAUAUGAACAAAGAUUUGUUGUGGACAGAAAAGAGAGUAAUGUAAGUGUUCAAAGUAGUGAGUCUAACCCAGAUGAUGAUGAGGAAAGGGAUGUGCUCAGUGAGUUUAAAAAAAGAGAGGAAAAGUUGACGGCAUAUGGAAGUUCGUUGCGGCUAAACAUGGGAGGAAAAAAGGUAUGGAAAGUUAAAGCAUCUUGUAGCAGGGAUGGUUGUGUUGCAUCUCAGCUUUAUGAAUGCAAUGCUUGCUGUCAUAUGGUCAUGCAAAUAACAUUGAAAUAAAUUUCCAUGUCAGGGUUUAGCCAAUGAGGAACUUGAUAAGCCUCCCUUCUCCCACUAUAAAACCAUUCUUGUUUUAAAUUAUUAUGUUCUCUGUCCCUUUUAGUGCCUUCUUGAGAAAAUUUAGUUUCUUUUUUUAUCAUAGUUACCAAAAAAUUUGUCCCAGUUCCCUAAAAAUGUAAAUUGAAAUUCUUUUACCCAUGAGUUGAGGAGUAGGCCAUUUCCAAGUUGCCAUAAGCUUCUGUUUCAAAGCAAGGCUUAGUGCAAAGCCAUUGAUAUGAAAAUUAUUUUUAUUGUCAUUCAAAUGAAACUCAUUAUCACAAGAAACAUUUUGCGCCGGCCUCGUUUUGAAAGUGUGUUUUUUCCCUUGGAAAUUGCCUAUUCACUUGUAAUACUUUUUAACUCCCAGAGGUGAUCUGCAUGCAUUUAACUUCUCCUUGUAAAUUAUAUCAAUAGACGGUUAUAUUGAGAGUAGGCAAAUGUAUUGGCUAGAGGAUGUUAUCCUGAUAUGUAACCCCUAUAAUGUACAAGGAAAUGUAUAUAGCAACCAGAAAGUAGAAAUUAGUCAGAUCUUGGGGGUUGAGAGAAACACAAUAAUGUAUUUUGUAGACUUCAAGGGCAGCAAGCCUCACCCCAGACGACUUGGAACAGCUAAGCCAGUUUAGAUCAACACAAACCACAGGGAGCAUCCAUCCAUAUCUCUCAGUGCUAGUGAAUUACAUCCACCCAGUCCCCUUCAGUGGAUUUGAUGAAGCAGAGAGUAAGUUAUAUGCAAAUUUUUUAAGCUAUUGUUUGCACACAUAUGACAAGUCAAACAUAAAAUAGAAGGAAAGUUGAGGUCCAAACUUAUACACAGUUUUCAAUGCAUUAACAACUGCACUGCUAAACUGGAGGUUGGGUGCCUUGAGUAUCCAGGGGCUUCCACUUUUGGCAGCCAACCCCUAGAUUGAAAUAAUGCCCCCAAGACUGGCACAACAGCGCAAUCCAGCCAUGAGCCCCGAAACAAAAGGCACCCGUCACACUGGAAAACAUCAGUGGAGAAAAAAAAAUGGCAACAACAACAACAACAAAAUUAAAGCCGAGGGAGAAGACUGCUGACCUCAGGCACUUAAUGCGCUCUUAGCCUAUAGAGAGAAGGAGGGGACGAAAAUGGCUACAAGAACCUCGUGCGCUGAAAAAACCUGGCACGAAGGAAAACUGAACUCACCAAUGAAUCACAUGCUGGAUGUAGUGAGCUACUAGGCAUGCUCAUGCCAAAAGACUGCUGACCUCAGGCACUUAAGGUGCUCUUAGUUGUGAACUCCUUUAGACUUGUGAUUGAUUAAUUGAUUGAUCAGAGUGCAGAAAUCUCAGAAGUGUUGCAACAUUUUGUUGGUAUUAAUUUAAUUCUUGGUUAUCCCUUGGGCAGUAUAUUUUAUCAGUUACAUUGAUCUUUUUGCACAAUAAAAACUACAAGAAAAACUUUAAAUAUCUUGCUAUGUAUAGUGCUACAGGUAAAGAUGUCUUGUUUUUGAUUUUUUUAAUUUUUGCAGAGAAGAACUUGUCAUACCAUAUAUCAUCAUUCAAUGAGUCAACAGGCUUUGGUUUACUUAAAGCAAGUCCUGUGGAAUUUGUCAAGUAUCCUUUUUCUUGUUUACAAAAUAAAAUUUUAUUCAGUAAAUUAAAGUAUUGUGGAUUAGGCAAUACAGUAAACGGAUCGUGCUUAUUUCUUUCUUAUGGUACCACAGUCCCACAGAAAUCCUGUGCCUGCACCAACUAGUAGCAUACUCUUAAGUUACCACCACAACUUUCAAGGACUGACUGGGACUGCUUUUAGUUUGGUCUUUUUUAUUUCUACAUUUGCAGGGGUCCCUAUAAGUUGCACAAGUUAGAGAGUGAUAAUAAGGUCAUGCUGUAAGAUCAUGAAACACCUCAGCCUAUUACUGGCUUUCCUCUGGAUGCCCUCUUCCUUUGAGGUUUACUGUGGAUCUGAAUUGGCCAGUCGAAAAGAUAUCUUUUAACCAAGUUUUGUGUGGGUACUGCUGUGAGAUUCCAGACAGAGUCCCUAUGAUGAAGUUAAUAAACAUUUCCAAUAAGUAAACUUAGACAGAAAGACACUUCUCUGUUCCCUGUCACUUAUAGGGUGGAUUUAACCUUCGCGAGGCUGUGUUAACAUUGUAGCUUUUAACAAGUAAGAUGUUGGUAAUGAGGAGACUAGUGUACUGAAAGGAGUUACUCAAUGCAAGGCUCUGUUUAAAAUCAUUAACCAAGUACUAAGAUAUAACAAACGCCAGCAGUCCAGGAUUUAUCCAAAAGGAAGUAGAGUUGAUUCAAGCAAUUACAUGCCACAGGUAAUUUGCUGCAAUUGUAGUUAUACAUAUCGGUUACUGACCAAGUGUGAGGUCAAGAUGGUUGGAUAUUGGCUUUUAUUGGACCAGGGGCAAGAUGGGUCAUCUUACUCUUUGGUGUAGCCAAUCAGGACACAGGAUUUGCUUCAUUGCCCUCUCAUGGAUUUACCCAUAUAAAAAAGAAACAUACUCAAUCACCUCAUUCAACAAAACUGGUGAGAAGAAUUGCAAUAACUUUGAGAAGAAAGUUAUGAACAUUUACGUACAACUGUAAAUGGUGCUAUAUUGGAAUCUGGGACAACAGAAACAGGUUUUCAUGGAAGUAUAUUAAUAUUUAUCUUUCAUUAUCACAGAACAUUGGAAAUGUUUUUCCAAUUUGCUCAUUAAAAAGAUGAUUUUCUUUUUGUCCUAACAUUUAUAUUCUGUCCGUAGGUUUUCUGGAAUGUUGGCUGUCAGAUGGUUUCCCUCAACUUUCAGACAUCAGGUAAUAAGACAAUAUUAUUAUUAUUGCUGUCUCUUUUUGUGGCAGUUGUCAGUCAAACAGUUUAAGUCUGCCUAAGUUAACCCUUUAAGCCCCAAUAUCCACAUACAAAUUCUCGAAACUGAUCUCCAUACAUCUACUUUAAGAAUUAGUUGAGAGAAUUUGUUAAAAGAUCAUGGAAUUUUCUCUAUGGUAAUCAUUUUAUUAAUUCUCAUAACUUUAUCGCUUGACAGUGUAUGGAUAUUGUUAGGAGAAAAUUGAUGUUGAACACUAUUUGGGACCUAAAGGGUUAAUAAAAAUAGGAUAACACACAAUUUAAAUGUAGCAUAUAUUAAUGAGCUUUUUGAUGCAUUUUGCAGAUUUAGCUUUUCAGUUGAAUGAUGGAAAAUUUGAAUACAAUGGAAGAUGUGGGUAUGUUGUGAGUAACUUUUGUUAUCAGUUAAAAUUCACUCCACAAUAAUAUAUUAUCAUUAAAAUUUUCCAAGCUAAGCUGCAUGGUCUCAAUUUUUUGCUAACAAAGAUUUAUGUAAAAGAGUCAGGAGCUCUUGAUGUUUUCUUGAUGUGUUGUGUUUAGAUACCUUCUUAAGCCAGAAAUAAUGUGUCGAUCUGACCGGCAGUUUGAUCCCUUUACUGAGUCAGUCAUUGACGGGAUGGUUGCUGCUUCAGUCACAGUUAAAGUAUGUGAUGCUUUUUUUCUUUACAACAUGUUGUACUACUCUACUUAAUGAUAAAACGUUGCUGUAGUUGCUAAGUGUUUUUGGUGAAGUUUUUAUUUCUAAACUAGAGUAUCUAAAUGGGGGAGGUAACGAUGGCAACCAUAGCAAGGGAUGAUGCCCCUACUUUAAUGGCACCAAUAGCUCUCAUUUAGAAGUUGUGAGUUAUUCAAAGUGUGUUAUGGUCCCAGCUUCAAUCCAUGAAAAACAUUAAUGAUAUGGGAGUGAAAGAAUUCACCAUAGGCAAAGACUGAAAAAUGGCUUUGAAAUGCUGUAAAAGAGCAAUAGAUAAUGUUUGUGCUUGGAAGGGAAAUCCACAAACUUUCCCCAAAUCUCUCAGUCAGGUAUCAAUAAUAAUAAUGAUAAUAAUAAUAACGUUAUUUACCCUUGGCUGUAUUUGUGGUGCUGGGCAAAUUAAAUGCCUGAAACAAAUUUGAAUCAAGCAUAACAGGUUAAGAAUCCCAAGUGGCCAGAGGCAAACCAGUUGGCUAUUUUUCAGCAUAGUCUAGGAUUUGAACUCGGGUCUAUACCAUGAACAAAUCUAGCUAGCAGUCAAGGUGCGACUUGAACUUGGGGCCUCUGAGCCCUGCGUUUUAACUGCUCAGCCAGGCUGCCUCCUCAUAACUAUCAUGACUAGUUUCAUUUAGUGGUGUCUAUAAAGUCAUGAUAUUUCUUGAACCUCAAAGCUCCCAACUAUCAGGCGUGAACUUGAGGAUAACUGAUUAACAUGAAAGUGUUGACCUUACUCUGAUUACUAGGUGAUUUCAGGACAGUUCCUGUCUGAUAAGAAGAUAACUACUUGCGUGGAAGUGGACAUGUAUGGGCUUCCAACGGACACCUUGCGCAAAAAGUACAGGACCAAGUACAUUCAAAACAAUGGGAUGGAUCCUGUCUAUGAUGAGGAUGAGUUUGUAUUUAGACGGGUGUGUGAAUUUUUAUAAUCUGUAGUACAUUUUGUUCAUGUCUCAUGUAUUGGAAUGUCCUGUUGCCACAGAAGCUGGGUUAGGUUUGAUACAUCAAGUCACCAGUGAUUCAUCCUUUUUUUGUACUAUUAUCAGAUUGUUCUACCAGAACUUGUCCUCUUGAGAUUUGGUGUGAUAGAUGACAAUGAUAAACUGAUUGCCCAGCGAGUUGUUCCUCUGGAUGGUCUACAGUCUGGUAAGUGUCAGCUUCUUUAUUCUAAUUAACGUGGUAUUGGCAACUGGUAUUGUAGAAAUGUGAAUGCUUUAUUAAAACAUUUCACCUGAUUUUUAAUACCUAAAGUACAAGUGCCUGCACAAACAACUUUUAAAAGGACUGUGACAGGAAUGUCUGUAAUGUUAUUGCACAGGACACUAGUCAGUAAUAAGAAAUUUGUUUCUGUUAUAUAGGUUUCCGACACAUUUCUCUGAGAACGGAAAACAACAUGCCACUUCCGCUGGCAACACUUUUUUGUCAAAUUUCACUCAAGACAUAUGUUCCAGAGAGAUAUACUGGUAAGUAGCUUGUAGUUUAUACUGAUAUAGUUGUUGGGGUGUAAGUCCUGAAUGGUUCUGUUUUUCAUAUUGACCAAUGUUUUGACAACCUUUGUGGUAGUUAUCCUUAGAGUCAAAGUAAGUUGUUACUUGAUUGUAUCAAACUCUGGUUAUUAAUGAUUGGUCUGUUUAUUUGCAUUGCCAUUGGUUAACCUGUGAUUUUAUUGGCUGUUCUUUGUUUAUUUUCUGUGGCACUGAUUAUAAGACAAAUGUUUGUUUACAUUACUUUGAGCUGACUCCUAGCUAUAAAAUCUUAGCAGUUGAUAGCAUUGUCUAUACAACAAUGAAUAAUAAUAAAUUUAAUACUAAUUUUGAUUUGCAGCUAUUGUUAAUGAGCUCUCAGAACCAAUGAAGUACAUUUCUGAAGCGGACAGACGAGCUAAACAAAUGGCCAGUGUUUUUGGAAUUGAAGAAACAGUAAGUUUUCUACCACUUAGGAUGUAUAUUAUUGGGCAAACUCCGGUGUAAACAGAUCCACUGACCUGUUACGCAAAGUCCUUGGUGGCACACUCCCACCCAAACUUUUCCUCAGUGUCCCCUGCCAAAAACCGGCAAAUUUAGUGGAAUAUAAUAAAAAUAGAUCCAUCUCUUCAAGGUAGAAGUUGGGAGAGGGGAGACAUUGCUUUCUCAACUUACUACUUUUCAUAUUAUAUCCGUUACGGCUGAUUUUACACUAGGUGUCCAUCUGAGAUCUGUGAGGGGAGGAAAGGGGUCACAAUAGGAAUUUGUGAUUGGGUGUUCUGCUGCGACACUUUCACCUUAAGCCUAUUCUAACCCAUUUUCAGGUGCAUUUUGUACCCUAUUCAAGGCCAGGGAACCAAAAUUUCUACUCCGUUCCAGACUAACUAUUUACCAGGAAACUCUUCUUCGUACCACUGAUCAAUUUACAAUAAAUGGUACUCUAACGUGCAAACAAAAGCCUUCUGAUAUCUGUAAGCCUUGUACAAGUAUGAGGAUUCUGUUAUUCUCUGUUGACACCCUAUUUGCACCCAUCCCUCAUUUUACUAUAUAUUUUUUUUAUGCGAAGAAAGUUCUAUCCAACCCAGACUAGAUUGCUUGAAAACCUUGCGCUACAUAGUUUCACUAUGUCCAUAUGCUUGUAUGACAGUACUCCUCCCACCACCACCCCUUCAGAUGAAAUUAAAUGUAGGUGGUAUAUCAGCUGAGUGCCUUAUCUUUUCUGUACCUAGGAGGAAGAAAGCAGAUUGCCAUCAUUCAUAAAGAAGUCAUCAUCUGCCCCUGCAAUCUCUAAAAUGAAGGCACCAUCCUUAACCUGUAUUAAUAACGUUGGUAUUGGUAUAUCUCCACAACGAGCAAGGGACUCAGUUGUGACACUAAGCUACUCUGGAACAAGAUCCUCUUCUGAACUAACCCUUAUCGAAAGCAAUGUGCCCAAGAAACGUAUGUUGCCAAAGUUCUUCUUGCGCGUUACUGAAAUAAAUGUGUUGGAACAAUGAAGAUAUUAGCAUAUCCAAGCUUUAUUUAAUAUAUAUACUUAUCAGAUGUAGUGUAUCGCUUCAAUUCAUUUAUAAUACUUCUGUAAGCUAUAUCUAAGUAACACGUACUUAUAACUGAAAUAAGACAACAAGACUGUCACAACUGACACUCUUAACUGAGCAAGCAUCUUUGGUUAGACAGAAUUUGUCACAUUUGUAUUUCUUUCCAUCUUGUUAUCUAGAUGACUUCAAGUUUUCACCAAUUAUUGUGGUUGAACUGAAAAAAGAUAAGGUAAUUAUUGAAUGUAUAUUAUAGUUGAGGGCAGUAAAUAGGAUUCUAGGAAACUCAGCUACUGCUCUCCUAACCUGACAUUAACACUAACUUCUCACUAUAAAUAGGCAAAAUGUUUCAUUCAAGGGGAGGGAUUAGGGUUUAAAUCUGAUCCAUUAUCUUUAUACUUUGCUCAAAAACCGCAUUAUAAGAUGUUGAGCUUCUCUACCUCACCUAGCUUCAUCAUGGUGAAUAGUGUAGUUGGCAACAGUUUGCCCAAGGGUAUUGCUUUGCUUUAAUUGGUGCAGUAAUUGUGAUGUAGCUUUAUAAGGAAUCUUCAGGGGCUGAUGUCAGAGAUUAUAUUUUGCAUAAGGCGCAGUCACCAAUGGAAAUAAUUAUUAUUUUUUGUUGGAUUUCAGAACUUUCUAAAGGUAUUUAAGAGGCACCAGAAAGAGAAUGAAGCUCUACUCAAAAGAUAUGCAAAGGUAAGGGAUGAUCAAGGCCAUGACAAAAAUAUCGAAUAGAUUAGAUAAUCUUUUUUAUGAUCUUUAGUUGGACAUUUUCUUAGCCCUACUUGCCUGGCAGCAUUUUCAUCAGUGACCUUUAUCCUCUUUGUGUUGGCUUUUCCUUGCAUUUUCUUAGCAUUUCCAUUGUUCUUGUUUGCACUUCUAUUCAGGAACGAUCUGCCAUGCAGAGGGAUCACACUGGUGAAUUAGAAAAGGUUGUUACAGACUAUGAGAAGAUUAAAAUCAAUGCUAUACGAACAUUUGAGAGGGCAGUGAAGAGGUGUGGGUAAGUGGCAGAAAAGCACUGUAUGUUCUCAGUACUUACUCUAUAGAAAAGUAACUAUAAUCAAUAAAAUUAUUAUUAUGUUUACCUUGUGUUUUUCUGCCAACUACAGUUGCAUUUUUUAGUGGAUUUUGUGAGGUUUGGUGAUGGGUAGAUUUUUCCUGCCGGGCAGGUAACUUUUCAUGCUCACUGUCACUUUACCAAUGGUCAAGGGCCUGCAGGGAAGUCAUCUCGUAACUUAGUGGCCCUUGGCAUGGAAAAUGUGAUAGCUAUUUUUCCUGAGGACAAACUUGAAUACAAGCUUUUUUAUCAAGCCCUGAAAGUAUUUUUAUGUUCAUAAUUAAGCGUAAAUGCAGGUUACUAGAUCAGAGUUAAGAAGUAAAUCUAUUGGUGAGCCAUUCAUGGAAUUGUAGAACUGCUGAACAACUUAGUGUGUUGCACUUGUAUUGCAGGGAGGAGAAAUCAGAAGAAUUGCGAAAAGUCCAUGAAAGCAAGAUGUUGUUUCUUAACAAAACACAAACUGACAAGGUAAGUAUUUCAGGAUACUUAAAAAGUUAUUUAUUGUAAGCUACCUGUACUGUAUGUUAAUACAACCCCUUGAAUGGACCUUCCAGGGGUCUGUGGCACAGAUCAUCCUAGUUUUAGUGCGUCCAAAAGGCAAUAAAUUGUCUGAGUUUUUAUUUGUGAUUAAAUUUUGACAAAGUUGAAAAAUUAGUUGGCCAACAGUAAAAGGAGAGAUACUAAUGACCGAGUUACGAGUUGAGUUGAGUUUGAGUUGAGUUUGAGUUGAGUUUGAGUUGAGUUUGAGUUAAGUCUGAGUUAAGUUUGAGUUACCGUUGCUUUCAUUUUUGUUAACUUAAAAGUGGUUAAUGGAAGAUCCAGAUCGUUUUUACACAAAAUUGACCGACUGUUCGUUUUUUCACGAAUGAAAAAGUGUUUAAUAAUUUUACAUUCCCAAACGUGAAGCGUUGAAUUGUCCUCAUUUUGUUGGCCUUGACGGUCAAGAUGACCGGUCACAUUCGAUGAUAUUGAAAUGAACUAAAGUUUUCUAUGCUGUUGUUUACUACCAGUAUACACCUGGCUAUAUUGGGAACUUUGAUCUAAAAAAUGAAGUAGAAGUGAACUGAAUUAAACUGUUGUUUACUUACAAUUCACGAAUUGAAACAGAAAUCGGCGCGGGGUUCGCGAACUUCCGGUCUCAAAUUUAACAAAACCCGUAAGUCCUGAAUUUAUGUAUUUCUUUCCAGCAGAUAAAGGAUGAAUUUUUAAGCCUGUGUAGCGAGACAUUUUAGGGUCUUUUAGUUAUUUAUAGCAUUGCGAAUGAAGUGACUGCAUUUGUAUUAAAGGUGUCGCUUGAUAUUGUUUUUGUCGGUAUGCAAAGUUAUUACGGUCCGACAAAACUAAAGCAAUCCAUGCACGCUGUAGCCUGUGUACAGACGCCCCUCCCUCCCUCAGAAAAAAAAAUCUGAGGGGAGGAGGGGCGUCUGUACACAGGCUAUGCACGCUGUGUUUUUUCUUCUUCGUAUUUUUUUCUGUCAUUAACUUAAAGAAUAAUAGAAUUAAUGACAAUUCCAUUCAACCUCCCCGUUUGAGAGGCAGAUAUAUAUGCGUAACAACGUACGUUUCGAAUCAAAGGUUAAAGUAUCGCUUUAGUCGCUGCGUAUGUAAAUUAACCUGAACUCACUGGAGACAAAAAAACUUGCGAUAUCUCGGUUAAAUUCUUGUAAAUAAAUACUGGCAUAAGAGCCAGCCCGUGAAUAAGAAAUGCUAACGUACGCAAUAUUGCGGUAAGCUUAUGUUUUCACAAUGACAUGGUCAACAGUUUUUUAAAAUUAUUUACAGAAAAAUCAAAAUACGGUAGAUCACUUUCAUAAUGUUCAGUCUGAAUUCUUGAACACAAAAGUGCUUGUUUUUACGCUCCGAAGGCUUUCCGAGGAAACACGAAUGCAAAAGUAUAUGGUAAUUUUGCUAAUUUUAAUCCACGGACUUUUGUCAACACUUCAUACAAAAACAACAAUGCGUUGCAAAACAGUGUAUUUUACCAGACAGCGUUUUGCACAUGCCAUUAUUGAUGCAGAAACAUUCGGGGCCUCUUCGUGAGUAUUUCGCGCAUUUUCGGUAUCAGCCGUCGCACUUCGUGCAUACUCUUUUCAUAAAUGCAUACUGAAGAGCGGAACCUUUCCCCCACGACCUGAAAGAGACAGGCGCCUGCCUUCAAAUGUUUUUUGGGCUUGUCACGCACUCCUUUUUCCGACGGCGUGAUGGGCGAAAAACGAACGUUUAUUUUUUAAUUUUUUUCCUUUAAGUUAAUGUUUUGAAAUAUCAUUCGAACUAAAGAGAGUAUAUUCCAACAACAAAGGAAACUCAAAUGAAAACAACAACACCAAACGGGAUUUCUAUGUCCUGUCGCUCUUAGGUCCUUACAUUUCUUUACAUUAUCUCCUCGUCAAUACUGAGCAAUACAAAGCAACACUGUAUUCAAUGAAGCGAUCCUUUCUAUCAAAAGUGAACGAUACGAUAAGUUCUAAAUCUCUUUUUGUUGGUUUGAACGGUUUGUUUACAUCGAGCUGAGCUAUGCGCGGGCUAAUCACGCCAUCAUAAUUUUGAAAAAAAGUUUUCGCUAAAAACUUGGCAAACUUGCGUUAUUUACUCAUUUUGUUCGACGCAUGUUUCUUUGAAAAACUUCAGAAAGAUGUUCUUUCGAAUUUUUUAUGUUUCAAUGAGUAAUUUAUGGCGUGAAAAGUCGGGUUUUUCGAAACUUUUUGCAAAACAAAAACCUGAUAACGCGUAUAGCAAGAAUUUUUGUUUUGAGACGGCAAUACUGCACUAUAUUGACGGCUAGUUGGAUCUCCGUAUUGAGCCGAAAUUGAGCCAUCACGAGGAACACUGCUUCGCGUCGCGCCAGAGAGAGAGAACCUGGGAGCGAGGUAACUCCGUUUACAAGAUGGCGGCUAGGCAAGUCGCAGGUAAAACUCCAGGGAUGUUUGCUGGUGGAAUAAUCGACGACCUCCCCGACCAAUUUAAGAAAAACGGAAUUACUCAAAAAUGGCUCACAGGCAUGGCUCGCAUGACUCGCACCGUGGCUCGCGUGGCUCGCAGAUUUGGUUGACCCAACUCGAUCGGGUAUUAAAAACUAAAAUACCACCUCAAAAAUAAUAAUUUUUAUAUAUAAAUAAUCCGCACAUUUUAUGUCGUGUGGAUAGUAUUAACGACAUUUUAAGUAAAAACGGUAACUACAACUUAACUCAAACUUAACUCAAACUUAACUCAAACUCAACUCAAACUCAACUCAACUCUUAACUUGGUAAAUAGUCGAUCCCCAGUAAAAGUAUUUCACUUAAAAUUUAUCUUUCCUUGUAUUUAAUAUUUGAGACGUAAAGUGUAACUGUGUUUUCAGCUAUACAAAUCGGUUAAAGUUUGUUCAUGUGUGUAAUUACUUCUGUGAUAUACAGGCCAAGGAAAGACUGUCAUCCCAAACUGAAGAAUGGACAAACAUGAUAAACAGACAAGUAGAAGAAGAAAUUCGUAUGUUUGAAGAACAUGCUGCACAAGUGAGUUGCUGAUCAGAAGAAACCUUGGGACAUUUGUUUACCUAUUUCAGACCACAUAUGGUUACUCUAGAAUUUAACUGAUCCUUUCAAAUACUUUGAAAGGAAUAGUUUACCCUCUUUAUAUGUAUCAAAUCAAUUAUUAUGAGGGAGUCAGAAUUGGUCUGAAAUGGACGAACAGAGUGGUUCAGAGCGGUAACAGUACUAAAGGGGGUGUCAUAAUGUCAGGAAUAAAGGUAGUUGCACUGCCUAACUUAGGCACUAAAAUUGAAUUUUAAAUUUUAUGCAGCAGACUCCAUUAUCAAGAACUAACCAGAAAACAUGAAAUUGGAAUAUUUCUCUGCUGACACUGACAGUGGAAUGUGUUAGUAACUAAAGGAGUGUGUCAUCCUUGGUGCUGACAUUUUAACAUGUCAAAUUUUGUUCUCUUGCACUUAAUAGCAACUGGAUACCCUGAAGAAAGUGAUGGAAAGUGCUCAUGAAAGCCAGCACAAAGAGGUUACAUCAAGGCACGAAAAGUAAGAAUUCUCAGGAGGAGAAACAUUUUAUGUUAUGUCUUUUCUUGCACAUUUUUCUCAAGCUGGUAACUGUUCACCCUGCGAGAGAGGAGAGCCUCCUUGAAAGAAUGGCUCUGCUGGCAGGGCAGGUGACAUCAGCUGUCACUUUAGUCUAGAACCGUUACACCGCGUCUAAAGUACAGGGCACAUUCCACAGGUCAAAAGUACAGGUCACUGAUCCUUCAAUAAAUUACCAAACCACAAAGAUUCCCCUCAAUCUAAUAGAGCAUUUUGUUAAGAGAUUAGGGCUAGGAGACACUUUUAAUGCCAUUCAUUUAUCUGUAUCAUGGUGACCUUAUUGUUGCAUAAUUAAAUAAAUAUAGGUUAUUCUAGUCUAAAAUUUGCUCCAUCUGCAGCACAUUUAGCAAAGUGUUGAGUCUGCAUCUUAGUCUGUAAAAUGAAACCAACAUUAUUGAUAUAAUUUAGAUUAAGAGUGCAACUCUGUGUCAAAAUCUCUGAAUUCAACAAAAUAGUUGAGAACCUGACUGGGGAAACUUUGUUAGUUGCGAUACAGGUGCCAUGGAAAUGGCAUUUCAUGUUCCUUAACAAGUAAGGCUGAUCCAUUUUUCUUGCUUUCUUGUUUUGAAAGGGAAAGCAGUGACAUGACAAGAAAACAGACAAGACAGUCCAUGGAGACAGUUAAAGCAUUACAGUUUGAUAAAACAAUAGAGUGCAAAGAGGAACGAGACAGGUAUGACUGCGUGGCCACAAGGGAUCUUUUCCUCUUUCAAGGGAUUGUGUCAUGGCAGUUCAGGCCUUCUUGUUAGGAGUGAAACUUCUUGUUGAUUAAUACUUUUUAAGUAACAACUAACCGAGUCAAAUUUAGAGGGAUUUGUAUGGAGUCAUCGGAGCAUAACUGGGCUAAUAUCUCAGAGACAAUUUGCCCCGAAAUGCUAGUUUUUGGCAAGUAGGCCUCUUCAAUGUUGUUCUUCCAGAAUAUCCUGACAAAUCCCAUAAUUUCACAAAUUUAUUUUUUCAUGAUGUCACACUUUUGAACCCUAUUUGCUUCACUAUUUUAACAGAUUAUAUUUUCGAUUUCACUGUCCCACAAUUAGCAAAUAGCCACCACCAAAUUGAGUCACUCAAUUUGGUGGUGGCUAUUUGCUAAAUAUGGCACAGGAUUAGGCUAAAUUACUGUGAGACACAGUUCUUUUAAUCUCAACAUGCUGCUAUUAGGUUAUAUGAAGCAGAGAAGUGCCUGUAGGAUGGUGAAGGGCACAGUUUUAAGUUUAUCUCUUGACACUUUUUUAAAAUUUUGUAUUUGCAGAAGGCACAGAGAACUUGAUAGCCAGAAUAUGAAACAAUUUGUUGACGAGAGGCAGAAGGUGAGAUUUGUCUUUUAAAAAGAUUUUAAAAGUCUAUAAGGUUUUCCAUUGAAUGUUUGAGUCAAUAGUCAGCUUAUAUAAUCGCAUAUUCUUAUAAGUUUCUAAAUACACUGUCGUGCUAAUUUGAUUUUAAUAGAGCUCACAGUUAUGUCUUUUUGUGUUUAGUUGAGUCAUAGGCAGGAGAGAGAAAUUGAAGAACUUAAGAAUCAACAUAAGGAGGAACAGAAAAAUUUGGAAGUGGAAUUUCAAAAGGUGCCAAGCUAAUUAUCAGUAUUUCUUUUACUUUGCGGUAUUUUUUUGCAAGGAUUUCAUCUGAUGUGCUUCUAACUGUGUGAAACCCCUCUUACACUUGCGGGCAGCUGUUGCCUGUGAUCUCAAUGAGAUGCCCUUCCACAUAAGUUUUAUUUAAAGAUUCAGUGGUUGCAGAAGUGUCUUCUUUCAUUCCAGACACCGUCUCGUUCUAAAGCCUAUUCCCUUUGCACCAUUGCAGUCAAAUUUUUUUUAGUUCUUACAGAAUGUCUAGUGUAGUCAUGAUCUAAAUGACCAUAAUUUGAAUUAGGCAUUUAUUAACCCUUCCCCUCCUUUUUAAAAUGGGAGAGGAAUAUCUGUACUGUGCUCAUAGCAAUUGGCAGAAUUAGCCUUGUUAACCUGUUCAGUCUGGCAUAGUUGGUGGUAAUCUGACUAAUUAAACAACCCAGUUUAAUGUUGACCUUAAUUGAUAAAACCGUUCUGAAGUAGAUUAAUAAAAUCAAGACCAACGGUGAAAAGUGUCGAAAAGCUAUUCACACUGCAUUUCAGACUGUGCUUCCAACCCACUGACAGACACUCAUUCAUCUGGGUCAUAAAAAGUGUUUACAUGUUAAAUAUUA